GUAGAAAAACAGCUGAAGAUCUGUGGCUUUAAGAGGAAUAUGGAUGUCUUAGUAUUGUAUCUGGCUGGACAAGGACUGAGAAGUAUCCCGAGUCUAUCACGGUUUCACAGGUUAAGGUACUUGUGGAUUAAUAACAAUAAGAUCCAAGAUUUGACUUUCUUGGUCAAAAACCAUUGCUUGACAGAAGUCUACCUCAACAAUAAUGAACUCACAGAUAUAUCAGGUGCUCUGAAACACUUGUGUGCAUUACAGAUUCUGUUGCUUCACAACAACCAGUUAAAAAACCUGGGCAAAACAGUGAAGGAAUUAAAAGGAAUGAUAAGCUUGCAGACCCUAAACUUAUUCCAUAACCCUCUGGCACAAGAUCCAGGCUACCGGCUUUAUGUGAUAUACUUCCUUCCUUCAGUACAGCUCCUUGACAGGAAACCAGUUACGCAAAGAGAAAGAGAAUCAGCACUGCAUGUCUACAACCAUGAAAGAUCUUGCGUUGUGCAGUCGAUAGCUUUUGGAAAGCGAAUAAAUACACCACUGGUGACUAGAAAAGGAUCUAGCAGAUGCACUCAACCAGCCAGAAGACUGAUGCGUUCAGGUUGUGAAUUUGGAAAUCACACAAAUAAAGUUCCAUUUGAAAACCCCGCAGAUGCUGUUUUUCUAAGGGCAAUGACAAGAUCUAUAAUGGAGUUUUCCUCUGUUGACUGGAAUAAAGUAUCCACCUGUCAAGAAAGACGGCUUGAAAGCAAAGCAGAAGAGCCCCAUGAGACGCUGACAGUCAAAUUUAGAUAAGUGUUUUCUUCCUUAAGAAAAAAAAUCUAUUCCUCCAUCUGCAGUGCAUAGAAACCUGUUAUGUAAGUUAAUAUCUAUGUAAUACGUGUACACUGAAGCUUGCGUCUAAUUAAAUUAACUUCUAGCAAAAAAAAAGUGUAACAUUUAUUUUAUCUUCAGAUAUGUAAUAUGCAGAGUCAAAAAAAGAAGAAAAUAAAUGGUAAAUGGUAGCAAUAUUAUAGUAAAGCUGCUUGAAAUAUAAUUCUUACAAUGAUUGUUAUUAUCACAAAUUAACAAAGCAGAACUGCAAGUUAAUUUCUAAGAAACUGAGGAAAAUAAUUUAGUUCGUUAUGGUUUCUGCCAGAGCAUGAGACUUCUUAGCCCACCAAUUUGUGUCUUCCUCCCUCAAAAUAAAGAUAAAAGAAAAACCCCAUGAAGCUUUUCUUAUCUCUUUGUGGGAUUAUUUGUGUGCUGCAUGAAUACACUGAGAAUUCUCAGUUUUAUGAGGUUACUGUUUACGGUUUGAAUAUAGUGGAGCCAUGUGCUCUUAAGCAUCCUGAACUUGUGGAUGGAGAUCUUAAGAUCUUCAGAACUCACCCACAUCCAUGAGACUUAAGAUCCUGGACUAGCUCUUGAC